AGAAGUCAAGAAAAGUUAUUUGUUUUCGGAUUUUCUCUGAAUUUAUUACAUUACAAUUUAGCUUGAUUCCAUUGUAUUUACGGGAUUUACUAUACUGCUUAUUUAGUAAGCGUAUCAUGUGAAUAGAAUUACACCAAGAAAGUAUUAGUCUCAUGGGUGAAAGACCAAAAGAACAGAUGGCUACCACGAGUGCUGCUGGCGCGGCCGUGUCCACGACUGUUACCCCCCCAUCGGAGCCCACCGAGCCAGCCCAGCCGCCGGUGGAGCUGACGCUGCGCAAGACGCGCCCCCGCGAGCGCCGCCAGGUCAUCUGGACCACCGACACCGUCGACAACGAACACAUGAACAAGAAGAAGUCCAAGUGCUGCUGCAUAUACGAGAAGCCGCACAAGUUCGGCGAGUCGGACGACGAGCGCGACGACGACACGGAGCACUGCCACGGACACACGCCGCACGACCACCGCCACGACCACGGCGCCUCCUGCACCCUGCACGACCACGGCUCCGAGACGCAGGAGCAGCCUCGCAGCGCGUCGCCGCAGCGCACGGCGGUGAUCGUGCUGAAGCCGAAGAGUCCGCCGCCGCCGCCGCCGGCCGACCAGCCCGCGCCCGACGACUCGCAAUCAGAGGAGUAAACACACGGUCACUACUGCUGUGGUACUACCACCGAACGUUAGCAAUCGACAAUCCUUAAGCAGCGCUGCUUAGGUAUGUGUAAAAUUUUACGUAACUUGUAUGGAUCUGACAGGUGUUUGACAGGUAAAGCGAUACUUUUAGAUUGUUGAUUGCUAAUGUGGCGGUCGUGGUACGGUAGCUGUUGUACUAGUACUAAGUUGCGGUGAUUCCUAGUACUGUGUUGCGAGUUUUCGUUUAUUUGGUCAUUAAUAAGGUUGUUUAAUUUUGUGUGAUGCUGGAGUAUCGCCAACUUGAUUCGUGGCUACGUACUACUAUCAGUCUGAGUUUAAACAUCAUGUGUAUGGUGGUUAAUUAAGGCAUUAGGCAUCGUAUGACAUCAUAAUUAUGUCACGAAUUUACGAUACAGAAAGUAAUUAAGUAUACAUAAAGAAGAAAUGUAUAAGAUUAUAAAAUACAUAUUAUAAUUAUUAUAUUGAAACCCUGUCAACAUUAUUUAAAUCCAAAACAUAUAAAAUAUAAUCCUAAAGCAUGCCAUUAUCAAACUAUGUAUACAAAAUAUGAGUACAUAAACCGCUAUGUGUAUCACGCUUUGAAUUUCACCGACAAUAGGUCAUUAUGAUAGCUUUAGGUUCACGACAGAUGAAGUGUCUUGUCUUAGAAGUCGUAUUUUUUGUUAUAUUUUAUUAACUAUUGUUUAAACCAUGAAAGGUUAUGUAAGAACUGUUAGUACUAUAACUGUACUGAGUGUAAAUAUGCAUUUGAAAUGUAUUUUUUUCCUGUACUGCCCUGAUCAAUACAUAAUCAAGCUUGUAGUCUACCCAUUUAGCCAUACGCACCUAUAUGUAACAAUAUACUGAUAUAAUCCUUAAUUUACCUGGUAUGUGAAUCUAACGUUUUAAAACAUGUUAUUAAUAUCCUCCUUGUAUGUAGAAAAAAAUACUGUAACCAUAUUCUUUUACAACUCUUGGAACAGAGGAAUUCGAAAAAUAAUUUUCAUAAAUGAUCAAAGAAUUAUAACUAUUCUAAGUAAACCUGUAGUUUUAUCUUCUGUAGGUACUUAAAGUACUAAGAAGGUGAUGUGUAUAAAAAUUCUAAAAAUGGAGUCUUUAAAAUAUUCGAUGCUAUUUUUGUAGUAACCAUUUACUUAAAACUUUAGUUAUUGAUGUGUAUGUGUAUGUGUAGUAUAGGUUAGUAGAAAGGCAGUUCAUACGUUUUAUUUAUCGUUGUUAAUGUGACAUGGAAUAUUAUUUUAUGGUCGGAAAGACAUAAUUAUUAGUUUUCAUUCAAUCUUUACUUUAUGUUUAUUUAGAAUAGGUAGGUACUUAGUUCGAUACAGAGUAAAGGUUUAUAUUGGUGUAAAUGAUACAUUUACAGGCUUUAUACACCAAGAACAAGACAGUGAUAUCGCUUCAGUAGGUACUGAAUAAGUCUCAUUUCUGAUUCGCCUCAUAAAACAAAGUUCAUAUCACUAUUUGCAAUUUGUAGGGGCAUGUCGAAUACAACUAAUGCAUUAUAACUACACAUUGUUGUUCAGGAAACCAAAUGUGUGUUCAUUUUAAUGCAUAUGAGAUUACUGGCGCAAUGUUUAAAGUUAUAAAUAUACAAAACACGUCCCAAAUUAUAUAAUGUGACUACUUCGAUCCAUGUUACUAACAUAUUUUUAUUGUUUACCUAUUAAAUGUGAUAAGUAAUAAGUUAUUUAUUUGUACUAAUAAUGCUGUUUCUGUAAAUAAACUUUACUUAUUCCAA